AUGGAGUCGAAGCCUGAUCGAAUUGAACGGAAGGUUCCAUCCCAAUUACCGCCAUUCCGUCUCUGGUUGAAUUGGAUCGACAAUGGCGCAUUUUUGUACGACCAACCGUCAAUUGGAAAGCAAGGGAUAUCUGCACUUGAUUUUGACAGAAAGGGAAUAUACCUGGUAUCUGUGACAAAAUCGGGGUGUCUAACAGUGCAUGAUUUUGAAACUCUUUAUUGCCAGAGUAAUGAACCUUUGCUACGCUUGCAGGAAGAUGAAACAAAACAUGUGGUGCACCUUUCUUUACCUCAACAACUAGACUUUGUCCGGUGGAAUCUUGCUAACCAAGAUGAGGUUGUUUGCACAUCUAUGAAAAGGAAUGAAGUACUUAUAUUUGAUAUUGGUAUUAUCUCUUCUAAACCAUCCGAGGUGUUAAGAACAAGACCUAGUGUUUCUGUUCUUGGGUCUAAUAUUCAUAAAGGUCUUACUGAUAUUGCUACUUCACUUGACGAUUCCAGGAUACUGGCUUCUGAUACAUAUGGUGUAAUCAAUGUAUGGGACAGAAGAAUGAGUAAAUUUCCAUGUCUUGAACUUACAACGGAUUCCCGUGGCACCCUUAAUAGUAUACAAUUAAAUGCGGAGGAUCAGAUCAUUUUUGGAGCUGGAAAGCGUGGAUUUGUUUAUGUAUGGGAUCUUCGUGGUGGAAGAACGUCUUCUGCUCUUCUGAGUAAUAAAGAAAUACGUCAUCCGCCUCUAACUUCAUUGAAGUUAUCGUCAUUGUUAGAGAAAAUUGGGCCUCUGAAGGCACAAUCAGACAUUGUUUCUAAGGAAAUACACUCCAUUAAUAUUGAUCCAUCUUGCCCGCACCAAUUGGCAUUCCAUCUUGAUGAUGGUUGGUCAGGUGUAUUGGAUGUUUACAAUUUUGAAGUUACGCAUAUUCAUUGUCCUCCACCUGCUUGGUUAAAUGAUCCUGGCGUGUCAGCUGAUCUGUUAUAUUUGAGAAAACCUUCAUGGCUGCCAAUAAAUUCGAUCUACGUGGUUGGAUCAUCAACCGACAAUGGAAUUCAUAUUUUGGAUUUCUAUCCAGAUUCAAGCUCUCCUAGCCAUGUGGACUACAAAGAGGAUACACAGAGUCUUUCUGGGGUAAAGAAACAAGAUAUGAAAAACAGGUUUGUUCCAUUGUCUGAAGGAGUUACUGCAUGUGCAGUUCAUCCCCUCAACAGUACCAUCAUAGCUGGAACAAGGGUAGCUGGUUGUGAAGGAAAAUGGUUCACUUGA